AUGACUUGGGUCCAACCCCUGUCGAUUGCCUGGCAAUGGCUGGCCGUCCUGGUUUUGGCUCUGACGCCAGCCGUGACGGCCGCAGCCGCCGCCAAGUCCGCUGCCGAUUAUUACGUUCGUGACCUGCCUGGCCUUCCUCAAGACUCGAAUCCGGUCAAGAUGCAUGCUGGCCACAUCGAGAUCACACCCGACCACAACGGCAACAUGUUCUUCUGGCACUUCCAAAACAAGCACAUUGCAAACCGACAGCGAACCGUCAUCUGGGUCAACGGAGGACCCGGCUGCUCCUCCGAGGACGGCGCCUUGAUGGAAAUCGGUCCGUACCGAGUUAGAGAAAAAGGUAACCUCGUGGUCAACAAUGGCUCGUGGAACGAGUUCGCAAACCUUCUUUUUGUCGACAACCCGGUUGGUACGGGAUUCAGCUACGUCGAUACAGAUAGCUACGUCCACGAGCUUGAUGUUAUGGCCGAUCAGUUCGUUCAGUUUCUCGACAAGUUCUUUGCCAUCUUCCCCGAAUAUGACCAGGAUGACAUUUACAUGGCCGGGGAGUCCUAUGCUGGCCAGCACAUCCCGUACAUUGCCAAGGCAAUCCUGGACCGCAACAAGAAGAAUCGCGGAAAGGAAUGGAAACUCAAGGGUCUUUUGAUCGGCAACGGCUGGCUCUCUCCCAAUGACCAGUACGACACCUAUCUCAAAUUUGCCUUUGAAAAGGGCCUGUUGAAGAAGGGUUCGGAACAGGCCGAGCUGUUGCAAGCCAAGCAGAACACGUGCUACCGGCUGCUUGGCAGCAACCCCGGCCACGUCGACUACGCAGAAUGCGAAGAUAUCAUGUCAUCGAUGCUGAAGCUUCUCAAAACUGGCUCGGGAAACGAGGAGUGCUACAACAUGUACGAUGUGCGCCUGAGGGACUCGUACCCGAGCUGCGGCAUGAAUUGGCCCCCGGAUUUGGCCAACAUGACCCCCUAUCUGAGGCGUGACGACGUCACCAAAGCCCUGCAUGUCAAUCGUCAGCGCGGCACUGGUUGGCAAGAGUGCAACGGCGCUGUCAGCUUCGCUUUCCGCGCCAAGAACUCCAAGCCAUCCGUUACCCUGCUUCCGGAUUUGAUCAAGGAAAUCCAAAUCUUGCUCUUCUCCGGGGCAGAAGAUCUCAUCUGCAACCACAUAGGCACCGAGCAAGUGAUCAACAACUUGGAGUGGAACGGUGGAAAGGGGUUCGAGGUGACACCCGGAAACUGGGCCCCUCGUCGAAACUGGACCUUCGAGGGCGAGGACGCUGGCUUCUGGCAAGAGGCUCGCAACCUCACCUAUGUUCUUUUCCGUGAUGCGUCCCACAUGGUUCCCUUCGACUUUCCGCGGCGGAGUCGCGAUAUGCUGGAUAGAUUCAUGGGCGUCGACAUCAGCAGCAUCGGAGGCGAGCCAACCGACAGUCGGAUCGACGGCGAGAAGGGGCUGGCAACCUCGGUUGGUGGGGCUUCGAACCAGACCCACCACGGGCAGGCGGAAGCGCAGAAGAAGGUCACCGAGGCCAAGUGGGCUGCCUAUCGGAGGUCUGGCGAGAUCGUGCUCGGAAUCGUCAUCGUUGCCGCCGCCGCCUGGGGCGUCUUCAUCUGGCGACAACGUCGCAAGAUUGCGUUGUACAGCGUCCUGAACGGCGAGGAAAACACCAGCCGAAGGGCUUAUCGCAUGUCUGCUAUGCGUCGGAAACCGGGUGAAGGUGACCUCGAGGCUGCCGCAUUUGACGAGACGCAGUUGGAUGAUCUCCAUGUGGAAAGCCCUCACGCCCCGGAUGGGAGCCGGUAUAGCAUCGGCGACGAAAGCGACGAGGGUCGGGCGGACGACGGGACGACGAAGGAAACAGGGAGCCAAGGGAAUAGAUCUGGUGGGGAUCGGCCAGCUGGCAACAACACAUGA